AUGUCUGGAAAACCACUGUUCCCAUCGCUGGCCACGCUGCUGCAUGUGGAAUCCUCCGACAUUGCUUCUGUGAGUUACCAGCCAUUGCAGUUCACCAAAUUCAAACCCGACAGGCAGGGUGUUAUUAAGCUGCCACCGCUAUUUGCGGGGACGGGGACGGGAACGGAUGCUAGCACCCCACAGACCCAGUGUGUCAGGAGCCCGCUCACACAGGUGUCAUCACACAAUAUUAUGAGGAUCCAGAAUAUUGAUUCGUCCCACAAGUCGUGUAUGCUAUUGUCCAGGUCGACACCACCCUCCUCUGCGUCCGCCAUUAUCAUACCUCCCGAAGAAUCUCCUUCGAGGUGUGUCGAGAAGCAGUUUCAGAACACGAAUUUCAGCCAUGUGUCAAAGUCAUAUGCUACUGUCUUGGAAGCUGCAACGGUACCAGUGGACUCGGCUUGUUCAAUGCACGGUGAUUCAACUGCGGAGGUGGAAACCUCCGUGUCCUCACACAAGCGGGCCUCCGUCAACUCAUCCAGGAAAAGAUCGUUUGCAUUUAUUUCUCAUUCACAAGAAACAUUCCUGUCACAGGAGCCCUCUAUAGAUAAUGCCCCCCUGGCUCGUCGUAAGAGGAGGAGAACCUCCAAGCACGAACUUACCAUUCUGCAACAAGAAUUUGAAAAAUGUCGUGCACCUUCCAAGGAAAGAAGGAUGCAGCUAGCUCCUCGUUGUAACAUGACUGAGAAGGCAGUCCAGAUUUGGUUUCAGAAUAAAAGACAAGGCAUGAGGAAGAAAGAACGUGAACAGACAGAUCUACCUGCUACACCGGUAUCACAAAAAAAGUCGAGGCCUGCAGUCAGCUCUUCCCCAGAUGAUGAUUCAUGCUCCGAGACCGUCUCACGUCAAGAAAGUGUCACCCGUACGGCUCGCCGAGUUUCAGAUAUGAAGACACCAGUUAAGAAGGUUAGCUCCUGCAACCUCGGUACCAUGGCCGGUAGCUCGGCCGUCAGAAAGUCCACACCAGCAUCUUCACCGUCUAGACCUGCCUCGCAAGCUGGGAGAGGUCAGGCGUUUCGGUUCAGAUUGAAAUCUGAUAAGCAGCUCACUCCGAUCCACGCCUCGCCCAACAAUAGGGUCAAUAGAUUAAUCAACGGAAAUACCCCAGUAACUGCCAGUGCUACCAAAACCCUGGUUAUAGGUGCGAAUAAUGUUGAUAUCUCUGGCCUUCAUGAACAUGCAGCCUCUCCCAUCAAGAGAUAUAAGCGAAGGGGCAUACCACUAACAGAGCUUAGUAUUAACACUUUAAAGGACUAA